GGGAAUUAAAGUUGUAAAUAUUUUUAAUGGAUCCUGCAAGAAAUGGAUACGGAGCGAUAGUCCAAGAUGACCCAGAGGAAAGGAAAUUAGCUCAAGAAGAUUCUACAAGGAUUGAAAUAGUGACUCAGGAAACCCCUAUUCGUGCAUAUUGUAAAUACUGAUUAAAAACAUACAUGACAAGAGUUAAGACUGAAUGUAACUGUAGUGAAGUUCCUCUGUGUUUAUACAUGUUAUUGUUCUGCCCUUUCUGCUACUGCUGUCUUCCAAGCCAAUGAAGCCAAACUAGGCGAUCUUACCACGUCUGCUCUAACUGUGACCAAAGGUUAUUCAGAGUCAUAAACGGUAUCACCUCAAUAUUCCAGUUUUUAUGGCAAGCAAUUUCAAAUGCUCAAGAAGAGAUCAAAGAAAUAGAGGAGGAGAGAAGACGUGAGGAAGAUCAACUAGGAAAUGCACCUGGUGGAGCGCCUGGUGGAGCGCCUGGUGGAGCGCCUGGUGGAGCGCCUGGUGGAGCACCUGUUGGAGCACCUGUUGGAGCAUCAGAAAUAGCUCCAGGAGGUGGUGCUGCUGAAACUCAGCUACAACUCUCAUCUCACCCUCAGGAAGAAAGGGUAGUUGAGAUACCAGACUAA